AUGGCCAGCAGCGAAUAUUCUCCUGUGUGCUCUGAGGCUCAGAGGGUUUCUAAUGCGCACCGUCCUGUGCUUUCAGAACCAGGCGCUGACCUCAGAGUGGUUCUGGUGGGUCAGGAGAGAGUGGGAAAGAGCUCAGCGGGAAACACCAUCCUGGGAAAGAAGGAGUUUAACUGUCGGAUCAGCUCCAUCCCGCUGACUCUGAGCUCUGAAAAGAUAGAGGGAGAGUUUGAGGGCCGCAGAGUCCUGCUCUCAGAGCCUCAACCUGAGAUGGACUAA